CAAUCGAAGAAGAAGACGUGUUCGACAAUUUCGCGUCGGUUUUUUGUUUUUUCGUCACAAGCACAGUGUGCGUUUUCUGAAACCCACUGAAAUCCCAAUAGAGUUAAGUUGACCCUAGCGACGAAGGGCGAAUAGAACCAUGGGCCGCCGCUGCUGCGUUGCCAAUUGUCCGUCGACGUCGCGUCUGCUGGAGCACCACGGCGUGACCUACCACUCCUUCCCCCUGGACCCCAUCAUCCGGGCCAUUUGGAUCAAGAACUCCCGCAUCAGCCUAGAGCGCCAGAUCACCAAGAGCGUCCUGGUCUGCUCGCGCCACUUUCGCCGCCUGGACUUCAACACCAUUCGCAAUGGCAAGUAUCUGCUCAAGCCGCGCGUCUUUCCCACCGUCUUUCCGUGGGGCAAGAUGGACUCGGCGGAGAUCGAGGCGGAUCACCGUGCGCUGCAGCACGCCAGCGUGGAGGGCGCAACUGGGGCCCCGGGAACUGCCCAAUCGUCGGCCAAUGAGGAUGUGAUUAAGGCCACGGUGGACCAAAUAGUGGCGCAAAUCCUGGCGGAAACUGCUGAACGCAAGGCCACCGAGGAGGCAAAAGCAGAGAAGGCGGAGGAGGAGGCCAAGGCGCCACCUAAAGAGGUCGGUGAAGAUACCGCCAAGGCAGCUGCCGAGGAAGUCCCAGCGGCACCUGGUCCCUCCUCAGCCGUUGAGGCCACUAUCCCGCCUGCUGGCUCCGCCUCCAAUUCCAAUUCGCCACUUCCCGGCACUCCACCCAAGUACAGCAACCCACACAACCUGACCAUCGGCGCCCGCUUGGAGGCCCUCAGUGUGGAGGGCAACUGGUUGCCCGCCCGCAUCGUGGAAGUCAACGAGACGGAGCAGACGCUGCUAGUGCGCUUCGAGCGCAACCAUAAGCUGAAGGUGUCGCCCUCGACGAGCGGCAGCUUUCAGGAGUGGAUGGCCAUCAAGUCGGAGCGGCUGAGGCAGCGCCUCAGCAACCGAGUGCUGCCCGUCUUUGAGUUGGAUGAGAAGUGUAUGGCCCGCUGGUCGGGACCGCGCAAGUUUCCGGGCACCAUACGCAAGCUGCUGGGCAACGACACCUAUGAGGUGCUCUUCGACGAUGGCUACAUCAAGAACGUGCGCGCCGUACACAUGAACAAGAUGCCCAAGCAGCUGCCUGCUGUUCAGGCAACAGUUGAAGUAGCGCCCAAAACACCCACUCCUGUGGGAACCCCAGUUGCUGCUGCGCCUUUGGCGCCAAAGAGAGCUAGCACGGGAAGCGUGAGCGGGGCCGGCGGAUCGUCAGGCAACAAGAAAAGCAAGAGCACUCCACAGCGCAGGGAUUGGCCCCUGUUGGAUAUGGCCAGUUUGGACAUAGCUUCCCUAGGUCUCCCAGAGAUACCGCACGACGGAGAGUGGACUUGCCACUGGGUAAAUGACCAGCCGAUUGGGACCGAGGGCUUUCUAAUUGUGGGCGAGCACCAGAAACCCACGGUUAUUGUGCAGGACUGGCGCCUGCCCCCUGGCUGGAUUAAGCACAUGUACCAGCGCUCCAACGUGCUCGGCAAGUGGGAUGUUAUUCUGGUCUCGCCCAGCGGCAAGCGGUUCCGCUCCAAGUCAGACUUGAAGCUUUUCCUCGAGUCACAGGACCUGGUAUACAAUCCGGAUGUCUACGACUUUAGCAUCCAUCGGCGCCGGGCCAAGGACAUCAACGCCUAUGUCUACACCCACGACUACAAUCCGCAGCCACCGCCGAAGCCCAGACCCAUGGAUGUGUCUAUGGACUCCACGCUGGACCAGAGUAACACAACGCAACCCUCGUUACCUUCGACUCCGAUGCCGGUGAAAGAAAGCCAGUACAUGGAAGCGCCGGUGGCCUCGCUAAUGCCGCCAGCAGAGCUAAUGUCUCCACAGGCUCAGCUUUCCGAUGAGGCUAAGGCCAAGACAACCCCAGAACUCCUGGAAGCCAUCGAGGGAGGUGCUGCCCAACAAUUACCAGGAGAUCCACCCCUGGUUGAGAAUGGUUUUGCUCUUAUUGGCGGCCUAAAAGUGCAAAUCCAGGAUAAUCUGUAUGUUUGCCCGCGCGAAGAUUGCGGUAAGACCUAUCGCAAAGAAGACUUUCUGCUAAUUCACAUGAGGCAUUACCACAAGGAAUUCGCCGAAUACGUGAGCCACUGCCCAAAAAUGCAAGAGCUGGCAGUCAAGCGCACUCACCCAUCAUCCAUCGAGCAGGGCGAGACGGUGCCCAAGAAUCAAAUAUCGAACCAGCAAUUCUUCGCCAAGUUACACCAGCAGGAUCUGCAGCAAUCGCGUUCUUUUAAGCGCCAAACGGUCUCAACUUCUGGUACAUCUCCUGGAACGCCGGGAACCCCGACCGGAGUAUCGCCUACUAAGACCCUGUUAUCUCCCAAGAUGGAGCCACCAGGAACGUUGACGCCAUCUGCUGAGGGUGGCAUUGUUCAGGAAGAUAUUUCUUUGGAUGCUGGAGCUGCCGCCUCGAUAAACCCGGCCUUGACCCGCUCCAGCAAGCGUGCCCGCUUUUCGCCCACCAAGCGCCCUUCUGGCUCGCGGAAGAGCAACCGUCAGCGCUCUCAGCGUCGCGGCAAUUUGACAGACAGCCCGGCGGGUCAGACUUUGAACGAACCCGACGCUGAGGAGACGCGGCAAUCCUUCAACACCCCGACUCCCGAUGCACGCAUUGAUUCGAAGAAACGUCGCCUUGGUGCCGCUGCAACUCCGAUUAGCUCCAUUGACUCGCCAGCCACGGCAGACUCGGUAUCGACGCCCUCAUCUAAUGACCAGGCGGACAUUAAUGCAGCUCUGGCGCCACCACCAGCUGACACCGUACACAAGGCACCGCAGUACAUCAAGGAGAACGGUGAACUGAUACGAAUUGUGCGAAUGCGGCAGGAGGAGAUCAUCAAUUGCAUUUGCGAGUACGGAGAAGAGGACGGCCUGAUGAUCCAGUGCGAGUUAUGUCUGUGCUGGCAGCAUGGCGCCUGCAACGGCAUUGUAAAGGAGUCUGAUGUGCCGGAAAAGUAUGUGUGCUACAUUUGUCGCAAUCCACAAAGGGGAAGGGAGUCAAUGAAGUUUAAGCACGACCAGGAUUGGCUGUUCGAAGGCAAGCUGCCAGUGGCGGCGUACCACACCGGAAACCCACAAGCCACUAAGCAAUUCGAGAUCUUGAAGCGCUCGCACACGCUGACCGGCAAUUUGCUCGAUGCCAAGCGAUCUAUGCACUCGCUGCUUGUGAAGAUCAAUAUCGCACGCAAUCGCUGUCACCCAAAGCUUUAUCUGUGGGCUAAGAAGUGGGACGAGGACAAUGUGGACGCCUCUGCCGUGACGCCAGUGAAGCGUCCGAAGGCCGAGCACCCUGAACUCCCCAACGUUCCGCAACCAGAGGCCGCCAUCGAUCCAGAGGAGUGCCAGUAUCGCCUGAUCGAGCAUGUAAAGGUGCAGCAAUCGUUGGUCCUUAAUCGACUUGAUGACAUAGAGGCAGAAAUGGAUGAACUUGAAAAGGAGGACACCCUGGAGGACUUAAAAGAUGGGGACAUCUCCACUACCAAAGAGGCGCUUGCCACAUUCAUCAAGGAGCUGGAGACAAUGAAGCGCCUUGCCAAGCUCAACCAUGUGGCAAAUAUGAAGCAGAGCCUUAAAGACUCUGUCGUCAACCAGUAAUUUAAUCAUUUAAUACGAUUACGAAGUGUUAAAGUAAAUUUUUGCGAAUUAAAAUGAAAGAUAUGUAGAGUUUUCGAAGGAAA